AACUUAUCGCUGUACGAAUAAGGCGACCUGUUAUGUGAGAGCAGACGUGAACUGAUACAGUUGGCAGCAUGUUGGACAAGGUUGUGUACGGUGUUGCUGGAGCAGCAGGGGCGUCUGUUGUCGCCUGGAAAACCAUGUUUCCUUGGAUAAAUCAUGACCUCAAGGUCAUGAAGGUCGGGAAGCGCUUCAAAACUGAAAUGGACAAAGAUUUGGAAAGUGGAGAGUUCCUGAUAGACAGAUUUGAGAAACAUGUCUACAAUCAACCAAGGAAGCCGUUUAUUAUUUUUGAAGGCAAUGUUUUCACUUAUGAAUACAUUGACCAGCAAGCCAAUAGAGUAGCAAAUGUUGUGAGGACAUGGGGGCUGUCGGUGGGGGACACAGUGGCCAUGAUGAUCUACAAUGAACCAGCUUUUGUGUGGACAUUUCUCGGUCUUCAGAAAAUUGGAAUAGCAACAGCUCUGAUCAACUUUAACCUGCGUCAGAAACAGCUGAGUCAUUCUGUCAAUGUUAGCGGAGCGAGGGCAUUCAUCGUUGGACCAGGAGCGGAACUCUUUGAUGCAGUCCAUGCUGAGGAAGGAGAGUUUGGCGGCAUGCCAAUAUAUAUCCAAGGAUGUUCAGCCAAUCAGAUGCCUACUGGCUACAUCUCAUUCGAUGAUCUCAUGGCAGCAUCGUCUCCUGCUGGAGUUGACGCCAGCGUCCGUGCAGGUUUAACACCAAUGACCCCAGGUUGUUACAUUUACACAUCUGGAACUACAGGGCUGCCCAAACCAGUGUUUAUAAGGCAAAUCAAACUCACGUCACUCAGUGGUGGUUUCUUGUUGGUGGACUUCUCGAAGGAUGACGUGUUGUACAUGACGUUGCCGCUGUACCACAGCGCAGGUGGCGGGCUGGGUUUCUACGGGUCCAUACGUGCUGGUGCAACUAUGGUUCUACGAAGGAAAUUUUCAGCAUCUCACUUCUUUGAGGACUGCUGUCGCUACAGGGUCACCAUUAUACAGUAUAUUGGUGAACUGUUCCGCUACCUUCUUUCACGGCCAGAGAGCCCUGAAGAGAAAAGUCAUCAAAUUCGAGCAGCAUUUGGCAAUGGUCUGCGCAGAGACAUUUGGGAGCAGGUGCAGGCGAGAUUUAGAAUACCCCAAAUAACUGAGUUCUUCGGGGCAACAGAAGGAAACACAAUGUUGUUCAACGUCAGUAACAAACCUGGGGCUAUUGGAAGACUCUCUCCACUGUUGCGGAUGUUGAGUCCAAAUUACCAAACCUUGGUCAAAUAUGACAUUGCAACCGCAGAACCAAUCAGAGACAGCAACGGACAUUGUAUAGAAGUUAAACCAGGAGAGAAGGGCCUGUUCAUUUCGGCCAUUGCUCCUGAGUUGGAAGAAGUCAACUUCUAUAAGGCAUCACAGGAAGCCAAUGAAAAGAAGCGUAUCCGUAAUGUUUUCAAGAAAGGUGACUCUUACUUCAACUUCGGUGACCUCUUCUACCUCGACCGAGACUACUUUGUGUACUUUGUUGAUAGAAUUGGUGACACUUUCAGAUGGAAGGGUGAGAACGUAUCAACAACGGAGGUGGCCAACAUUUUGACUUCCCUGGAUUUCAUCCAUGAUGCCAAUGUCUAUGGCGUCACUAUUCCAGGGCAAGAUGGUCGAGCCGGCAUGGCAGCCCUGACACUCUACGAUGAUAAACCCUUCACCCCCGAGCUCCUGCGAAAAAUCUGGAAACACUGUGAGGAAAAUCUAGCUACAUAUGCCCGUCCAAUGUUUCUGCGUCUUCAAAAGGAGGCUACGCUGACAGCUACAUUCAAACAGAGGAAGGUUGAGCUGGUCAAGGAGGGAUUUGACAUCAACCUAGUGGACGAUCCUCUCUAUUUUGUUGACCAGGUCACUAAGUCCUACAUUCCCUUAAAACAGGACACAUACUCCCGAAUCUUGACCACAUCCAAGUUGUAGCUGUGGCAAUGGGGUAGCCAGUUCAAAUUGUAGGUGUCAGCACCUGUACCAUGAACCACUGUUGCCUUGUAACUGACCAGGGGAACCUUAUAUCCUCAGUAUUAUGACAUAAGUAAACUCCAGGUGUAAAGUCGAAGGAAUAUUGCUAUUAGUUGUUACUAUCUGUGUUUUCAUGCGAACUAUGUGCUUUGUUAAGAGUUUAUAUCUGGAAUAGACAGUUUACUUCAUCUUCCAUCCAAAAGAAAUACUUACUGUAAUCAAGAACCGAUCCACAAUGUCUGUCCAUUUUUAUAUUGUAAUUAAUGAUUGUCCAUUCAUAGCACCAUCUCAAUAUUGAUGAGGGAUGUGUUCAAGCACAUAGCUUCUUAUUAUUAUCACGUAAGGGAAUCAACAAAAAUCAGUCCACAGACUGAAUUUCGUCUUUUUUAAGGUGAUGGAAUUAAUCAUUACUAUACAGAUCUCGUGAUAUUAGUCAGUGCUCUUUUGUUGGAAACUUAUAGAAUAUAUGCCCCUGGUCCCAAUCCACAAAGCAUUCGGAGCGUUAUCUUAAGUAUAUUAAUUCAUUAUAGGUUUAUGAAAAUCAAAGUGCCAUGAACUCUUUGUGUGGAUUGGGCACCUGGAUUUUAACAUAUAUAUUGUGACCUGUGCCUGAAAUUUACUAUUGCUCAAAACCAGCAUACAUGUAUGUGGCGGUCAGUGAUUUUUUGUCUUGUUUCAGAUAAACUAAAGACACUGUUUUAUAUGCUACUUUUUUGUGUCAUGGCAUGAAAUCCAUUUAAGAGGAACUCUGUAGAUGAUAGAGGAUGUGAGACUUUUCUUGUCAAAGGACAUGCUGAUCUACAGAGACAUGACAAAAUAGAUACUAGUAUUAUCGUGUUUGAAAGUGCCAACUUUUAAAGAUCAUGAGAUGGGAUAAAGGUUUUCCUUGACAAGAAAGGGUAAAUGUUCUAUUUGUUACGACAGAUCUUACUGAAACAGACUGCAAGUAGUUUUUUCAUAGACUGUUAUUUCAUUCAAAUGAGCUGUAGAGAAUCACAACCUUGUGUCUUUUGAUAUCAACACUCAUUGAUAGAAACUCUGAGGGUCUCUGAUAAAUAGCAUCCCACCACAUGGAGGCUUGCAAAAUACUUCUGUAGACAAUCUUGGAUGUAUAUUUUAUACAAAAAACACACAAGGAGAUUCUCUUUAUCGUCUCAAAUCAUUCUUCAUAAUUGUACAUUAGUAGAAUUCACGUUGCCUGCAAGCAGUGUGAUGCAAUUUGAUGGUGGUUCUAUAGUAAUUCAUCACUAAAACAUGAGUCUGUGUAUGUGUGAUUGGCUGCAAGAAGUAAAGCAUUGUACAGAGCCUAUAUAGAUGUGCAACUGAGGACAAUAUGAAUAUUGAAUAGAUGUAACCAAAACGGCAGCAGGUAUCAGGUAACAUUUUUACGGCUUGUUUCUUCUGCUUUCUAAAGUCAGGAGCAUGAGUCAAAUGUUAGUGAUGUAUAUUUAUUAUGAACCAGUAGCAAUUGUCCAGUUCUCCUUGGUUGUUAUCUGUUAUAUGCGUUAAAGUCUAUAUUUUAACCAUCUUGAGUGACGCACAACAUCGCUUUUUUAUCAACAGAUCAUUCCAAAAUGUAACUAAAAUCUAUUAUCUGAUACAAUACUGCUCUGAAAAUCUAUGGACACCUGUGCCCGAGUUUGUGUCAGGUAAACUAAUAACUCUGUGUUUGUUGUUUAACGUCACACUCAGCAGGAUUCCAUCUGCAUAUAUGAAGACUGUAAAGCAAGCCUGGACUAGACAAUACCAUCAUUGAUAUUAUGGCCAAUGAUUCAUGUCAUCUGUGAACCUUGGUGUGCCAACAACCAAGUCACUAAGCCAGGAUCAUGUAUCCAUUGUAUCUUGAUGUUAUUGGACACAUGAAAAAUGGUGUGAAGAUUGGUCUUCACUUCUGUCAUAUGAUGACUAGAGGGAUCGGGUGGUCAGACUCACUGACAGCUGAUGCAUAUGAUCUUAUCCCAGAUCGGUGCUCAUGAUGUCCAUCACUUGAUUGUGUGGACCAGAUUUGAUUAUUUUCUGUCCACUGUUAUAUCGGUGGAAUAUUGCUGAGGAUGCGGUUACACAACAACCAUGAUGUCCCAGUAUUCCAGAGUGAUGCAUCAGACUUAAUGUAGAGUGGACGUUAUAACAAAAUGACAGAUAAUGCUUGUGGGUCAUUUUUCAGUGUCAAUACAUUUAUGUGUUUUUAGGUUUGUGGUGGUUUUAAAUGAAAUUUCCAUGCAUUUGAUACUCAUUAACACCCUCAAAUCUGAAAACACAUAUUAUUUAUAUUCUAGUUUUUGAUGACAAGGUUAUAAUUUGUUCCUGUAGAAUCAGAUUUUACUUCAGUGUUCAUUUAUUUGACAUUAUAUAUCACAGAAUUAAUUCAGCCUCUUUAGUGUACACAUUAAUUACUUGUUGUAACUUGGAAUAAGCCAGCUUGCAGAGUUUGUUUGAAAUUAUGCAUGAAAGCCAAGGGGUACUCACAUAACUGUAGAAGUACAAACAUUCCAGAUUCAAAGACCACAAGACCAGCUGAAGCAAACCUCUGUGACCAAAGGAUCCCGAUUUCUGAAACACUGCCUUAAAUUGCUCCCAUUGUCUGAUGCCAGUGUGGGUAAAACUGGUCCAUAAUACCUACUUAAGUUACUGACUGUAAAAGUGCAACUAAGAUCAGCAAGAGUGGAAACUUUAUAGUCAAAUUUUACAGUCAGUUAUCUCCCUUGCUUAUGGAAGACGUAUCAUAAUGGCUUCCACAUUCUGGCAAGGCCGCCAACCAUGGCUUCUUAGUUUGCUUCACUAUUUUUGCACAAAGGUUUCCUUAUAUAGCUUUGGAAAAACUAAGAAAAAUGGCCGGGCUCAAAAUAAACAGGGCAGGGUGCUGCACCCUGCUAAAAAUGCCUUGCGGAAACUCUAAAACAUUUUUACCGAUAUCCAAAUAGGAGUUUUUAGGUAUCUGUUCAACUAGAUACCGGUGAUCGAAAAACUGUUUCAUUUGCUGUGUUAUGUCAUCUAUGCGAGGCUUUGACAUUAAAGUGAAAAGCUUUCUGUUGUGAUCAUGUGUCACAUGCACAUACCUGACCAGUGUUGUCUUAGAAAUGUCCAUGUUGUCUGUUUAGUGACUGCUUUUUAUAUUCAGAUUUUCAUUUAUUCCAGGCCUCAUUUGACUUUUUGUCAGGUUAUAUUUUAAAAUGUUGUUUCAUUAGUUAUAUCGAUGUGUUUUUGUAUCUGAAAUCGACUAUAUUCACUUGAUCUUGUAUCAUCACUGUUACAGUGUGGCCAUAUGUUUUGACUAUUGGGUAACAGAAAUCAACAUAGUUUUUGUUACUGUCCUUCACAGAACAGCUAUUAUGUUAUAGCUGUUUUUAGCCUUUGACAACUGUGCUUCAUGAAACUAGUACAUUAUUCACCUUGAACUUGGAACAUGUCAGUACUGAUUCCUGGAUAUACAUGCCGCCCUGAGUUAAUACUGUCAGUGGUCGAUAUAUUCUCAUAGACAAAUAACACCAGAAGCAAGGAGCAAUACUUCAUAUAAAAAACUUGAAGUUGUAGUUGUUUGGAAUUUUUUGUAAAUAUUUAUUAAAAAGCCAAUAAUUAAAUGAACUUAAGGUUUUAAAAAGAGUCUUUGCAAGAGAAUUUGAUGAUGACAUUGUCCAUAUUUUAUCAAUAUUCUAGAUGGAGAUCUUUUACAUAAUUUGGAUCACAGUAAGUCCGGAUCCAUAUUCAAGAAUAUGAACCAAUCUUAUACCUUGGAAAGAAAUCCCAUAAUCUCAUCAAUGUUUUGGAUAGUGUAUAUCAGCCAAACCUAUGCUUACAACAGUCAAAACAUGUCACCUGUAGAAGCUGUUUUCAGUUGCCCUAUUUAACCAUGAAAACAUAUUAAUAGUUACAGCUAGAUUAACACUUGAUGUUACCAAACAUACUUUCCUGUCUUCCAUUGCCUAUAUGAUAGAAAUAGACUGUAGCUUGUGUUAUACAUUGAAUAUACAUUUUCAGAUGAUUAUUUGUUGUUUGUAUAACUAAUAAUAGAAUGAUUUAAGAUGAUUACUGCAUUUGAUACCAGACUAAACUGGAAUUGAUUAUCAGAAUUCAGGGAUAUUCUUGUUUUAAGCUAGAUGACUGAUUUUAGAGCUGUGAUACCUGUAUAAAAUGUGAAUCAAUUCAAGAUAAAGUCCAUUUUUGCAAAUGA